UGUCUCGCAUGCACGCUAGAGCCUCCGGAUGGUCAGGCUUUGUCCCCUGCUAAUGACCGUGCUGCUGCGGGGGCUGAAGGGAGCAUGACUUUGUAAUUCCCUUCCUGGCUCUCCAGCCGCAGGAAGGAGGCCAAUUACCAGCUGGGGAUUUGUCCACUCAGCCCAGGCCUGUUGGGAGCCAGGGAGACGGGCUGGAGUUGUUGCUGCUGCCAGUGUCCUUACCCUACACACCAACAACAGCCUACCCUUCUGGCUUGAGAGGAUGGCUGUAGCAGAUCAGGCAUUUGUGACCCUUGGUACAGAUGAUGUUUAUUGCCAAGGAGCUCUGGUUCUUGGACAGUCCUUGAGGAAUCACAUGACAUCUAGAAAGCUGGCCAUACUAAUUACACCACAGGUCUCCAGUGUCAUGAGGGCUGUCCUCUGCAGUGUGUUUGAUGAAGUGAUUGAAGUGGAUGCAAUUGACAGUGCUGACUCGAUGCACUUGGCUCUGCUGGAGAGGCCAGAGCUGGGUGUAACCUUCACCAAACUUCACUGUUGGACUCUCACUCAGUAUAGCAAAUGUGUCUUUAUGGAUGCAGACACUUUGGUGUUAUGUAACAUUGAUGAACUGUUUGAACGGGAAGAGCUUUCAGCAGCUCCUGAUUCUGGCUGGCCAGAUUGCUUUAAUAGUGGCGUAUUUGUCUUUCGUCCUUCUGUAGAAACUUAUAACCGUCUGCUGCAGUUUGCUACUGAACAUGGCAGCUUUGAUGGUGGUGAUCAAGGCUUACUAAAUAGUUUCUUCAGUAACUGGGCAACAACAGAUAUUGGCAAACAUUUACCAUUUAUCUACAACUUAAGCAGUAGUGCUAUCUACACGUAUGUUCCUGCUUUCAAACAUUUUGGCAGAGAUGCAAAGGUAGUUCAUUUUUUGGGGUCAGCAAAGCCCUGGCACUACAAGUACAACCCUCAAACAAGAACAAUUAUGCAGGAUGGCUCCACGUCAGGAUCUCAGCAUCAGUUCUCAUAUCUUGUACUCUGGUGGAAGAUAUACUAUGCUAGCAUAUUGCCUUUGUUAGAAAAACUUCCAGAGAUGGAAGACAUGGAAUCCCAGGGACAAAAGCACAUUUUCAAUGGAGAUGAAAUUAGACUGAAAAAUGAGAAUCCUCUUAUCAAUUCUCUGCAAAUCCCUGUGUUUCCAGAACAGACAUCUGAAAUAGACAACACUACUUGCCCACCUGAAGAGUUUGAUACUAAAACUCCACCUGUACCUCAAGUUGAACAACACAAUUCUGAAGUCCGUCUCCCUGAGCCAGACCAGCCAUUAGAACAGCUUGCCUUUCAUCCUGCCCCUCAGCAAACCUUGAAACUGGAUGAGACUACCCAUCUUAUUUCUGAGCUGUCCACUCAGCUGAAACCGGAAGAGCCAAAUGCAGAAGAUGAACGGAAGAAGUGGGAGGAAGGCCGUAUGGACUACAUGGGGAAGGAUGCUUUUGAACAUAUUAAAAAGAAAUUGGAUACAUUUUUAAAGUAGACUCAAUUGUAAUGCAAUAUAUUGACCAGCCACUGUUUGCAUUUGUGGUGUACAUGCAAUCCCUGGGA